GAGCUCCACCUUGAAAGCCCCAGGCUGCAGCCUAGCAGUGGGCCAACAGAAAGACAUGUUUGAAUGUAAUAAAGACUGGAAGUUCUCUGGAAUCCAAAGGAUAUUUUACAACAAUCUGGUCAAAGAACUGGGAGGGUUUGGGACAGAGCCUGGCAAGUUCAUCUGGCCAACCAGUGUGACCAUGACUCUGGAUGGAGAUCUGGUUGUGAAAGAUAGUGGAAACAAAAAGAUCCAGCUCUUCAGCCCUGAUGGUUGCUAUAAGCAUAGGUUUUCCUAUGGAUCUGAACCAAGAAAAGGUCUGGGAGAUGUAGCAUGCACCCAGGAUGGCUUGUUGCUUGUCACUGAUGGAUCCAAAGCCAUCAAGGUCUUCUCUAAAGAUGGUGAGAUGAUCCACCAGCUGAAGUCUCCCAAAAUGGACUGGAAUCAUUCCUACAGGAUGGCAGUCCUGAAGUGCAAUGAUAUUGCAGUGACAGACUGGACAGAUGGGGGAAAAGUUCACAUCAUUGAGGUGGACUGGAGAAUGAAUGCCAUCCUGAAGAUGAACGUGAUAGAUGGCUUUCAUAGACCAGAGCACAUCACAGUCAAUAAGAGUGAAGAGAUACUGGUUACUGAAGGGCAGCUCUUUGGAAAAUACCAAGGCUGCUGCCUCAAGAUUAUGGACAGUGAAAGAAUUCUGAAGAAAGCAAUUGGACCAGACUAUGGCAACAAAUUCACCUUUGUGAAUCCCUCUGGAGUCUGUGUAGAUUCAAAUGAGAACUUGUUUGUUGCAGAUGAAGGACAGAACUGUAUAGUGAUGUUUAACCCCGAUGCAUCACUGAUUGCUUUAGUAGUAACUCAAGAUCUAGAGGGCCCUCGUGGGCUUUCGGUGACCAAGCAUGGGCUCUUGGCAGUAGCUGACUGCUACCAUCACAGUGUGAAGUUCUACAGAUACAGAUGAGAGUAGGUGAAUGCCUUAGCUCAGCAAUUGAACUUGCCUCAGUAAAUACCUUUGUAGAUGGUGAAUAAAAUAGAAAUGUAAAAAUCUAGGUUAACAUGGGACAUAAUUGUGAUCACUGGGCUGUUUCUACCAAGCAGAAGAAAACAUUCUAGCCUUAUGGAAGGAAGCACUAUGAGUUAGGACUUGGAGCCAAGGACUCCUGAAUAAUAAUCUCAGUUCUGCUACUGCUUUACUAUAUGGUCUUGGGCAAAUCACAAGCUUAUAUCCCAUCACAGUUCCUGCACCUGGUAAAUAGGAUUCAUGCUACUUACAUACCUACCUGACCAGAGACUGGUACAGAAGAAUGAAUGUUUGGAUGCUGCAUUGAAGAUAUAAAAUGCUAUGUAAGAAUUAAUUGAUAUUAUUCUCAGGUAAUCCCAAAUUCAGAGGUAGUUUAGAGUGUGUGCCAGGUUUUUUCUGAUUAUAAGUAAGGGGAAAACUAGGAUUUCGGAUUGGCUGUGCAGUCACUGUUGGUAAAUACUGAUGUUUGAAGAGCUAAUUAAAGCGAUCAGUUCUGUUCAUUUGCCUAAUGCUAUUAGGAUAUGAGUUUGCAUCUUGCAAACUCUCCAGAUGUGCUGGGAUGCUAUCUGUACUCUCCUGAAGAUAGGGUUCUCCUACAUGUGGCCGCCAAAUUGAGACUAUGAGAGGAUUUGUAUUCAGGGCUCUUUCUUAUUUUUUUGCUGUAAUGGAGAUGCACUGGGAAUCAUUCAAAUAUCUCCUCUCGCUGCAGUUUUUCCACCAACUCUGAAUGUGUUGUAAUAAUCUCUGUAACCUGCCUUCCUGCCAUCUGGUUUGGUCAAGAGGCUUCUACCCAAGCCUCUCACUGGAUUCUAGUUGCUUCCUAAUAUAAAGUAUCUUGAUUCUUCUUCUUUAAGAAGGGGAGUGUUAAAUAAGAAGGGGAAAUGUUAAAUAUUAGGGAGGGGUUUUCUCUUCAUAGACACAGAAGAUCAUGAGAAGUACUACAGGAACUUCUCUUCCUCACUUCAGAAUUGCAAAGAAAUAAUGAUGGGGUCCUCACUUCAGGAAUACUAACAAAGGUGGAUAACACCAAUAUGUUAAAAAAAACAACCUGUGAAUUAGUCAGUUAUGAUUUAUCAGUAAGUAUCUGCAAGUGGGUAAAAAAGGGUAAGGAGGUAUACACUGACAUAGGUUACAUGCCAAGGGGCCAGAAGGGAGGAGCAGAGCAGGACGAUGUCAGAAGAUUCAAGUCAUAGUUUGGGAAAACACGGUUACUUAUAUUACAGUAACUGUGAUUCUUUGAGAUGUGCUACCCAUGUGGAUCCCAC